UGACGAUUUGUUUGAAGCAUAGGCAUAGAUAAGAGAUAAGUAUAUGGUGUAGUGUAGUGUACGACCGUGGUUUGAAGUCUGAAUUUCGAUUUCGAAUUAUUAAAUUGUGUUGUUAUCGAAGUACAUUUAAUAUUUUAAUUAUUUUUAAAAUUACGUUUUCUCAUAAUUGUUUGUCUUAUUCAAUAUGGCUUUGGUAGAAAAUAAAAAUAUUCUUGAAUUUUUGGGAUUAGUAGGUCGUCUUAAACACGUGAAAAGAACAGGUUGGGUAAUUUGUGAUAUAGACAAUUGCGAAUCCAUAGCUGGUCAUAUGUAUCGCAUGGGCUUAAUGACCUUCUUGUUAACUGAUGAAAACGAUCCGUUUAAACUAGACCGUUUCAGGUGCUUACAAAUCGCUUUAGUACAUGAUCUAGCAGAGAGCAUAGUAGGCGAUAUAACGCCGCAUUGUGGAGUAAGUCCAGAAGAGAAGCAUAGACGAGAAGAUGAAGCAAUGAAAACUAUUGCAGAGCUCACAGGGCUCGCGGGUGACCGAAUGUAUGAACUUUUUCAGGAGUAUGAAAAUCAAAGCUCACCAGAGGCUAAGUUUGCAAAGGACUUGGAUCGCUACGACAUGAUCCUCCAAGCUUAUGAGUAUGAGAAGCGAGACAACGCUCCAAAAAAAUUAGAAGAAUUUUUUAAAGCAACAUAUGGGAAAUUUAACCAUCCUUUCAUUCAAGACUUGGCCAAAGAACUUUAUAAGCAAAGAGAAGAAUUUGAAAAGAAAGCCGUGCUGAAUGGCAAUGUAUAAUAUUAUUUUUGUUUUAUAGGUAUUAAACAUUUUAUAUACCUUGUAAGUUUAGUCUUAGAAUGUGGUACUUUUCAAAUGUACCCUUAAAGUAAAUGAUUUGGAAUGUUAACAUUUUUAUUUUUGGAAUAAGUUAGAAAUUUUAAUUUUU